AUGGCGACAACUCCCAAGCUCACCUGGACCGAGACUGUCAACCUGGCCGCUCUCUCCGCAGCCUGUGGCACCAUCCUGGCCAACACCUUCCGUGGCGAGGGUGAACCCUUGAUCGCAUCGCUCGCUCUGAGCGGCAUGGCCUUUGCCGCUGCCUAUGCCAUGAUCCGCUGGUUGGGCCCGACCUUCAUGAAGGCCGGGCUGAAGGGAGUCGACAUGUCCAAGACCAACAGGAGGGAAAUCCCAGAGUGCGCCGGCGCCAUCUGCGCUGUGGUCUACCUGCUCGCCAUCAUCGUCUUCACCCCUUUCCCCUUCUACAAGGACAUUGUUGCUGCUACCAGCGGAGGCGGGAACAGGGAUGUCGUUCUGCACGCCGAGCACGUCCACGAGGGACGCUUCUUGCACAAGUUUCCUCAUAGCAAGCUCGCCUCCUUCCUGUCUGCGAUACUCUCGCUCCAAGCCAUCACCAUCCUCGGAAUCGGCGACGACCUUUUCGACAUUCGUUGGCGGCACAAGUUCUUUAUCCCGGCCUUCGCCUCGAUCCCCCUCCUAAUAGUCUACUUCGUCGAUUUCGGUGUUACUUCCAUCGUCCUCCCUAUUCCACUUCAGUCACUUGUGGGGAAGGAGCUGGUUGAUCUCGGGGUCAUGUACUACAUCUACAUGGCGGCAUGUGCUAUCUUCUGUCCCAACUCGAUCAACAUACUGGCUGGCAUCAACGGGAUCGAGGUCAUGCAGUCCAUCGUCGUGGCACUGCUGCUGGUACUCAACGACGCGCUCUAUCUCACGACGGCGUACCCGCAUCCUGCCGUGGACAGCCAUCUGUUCAGCUUGUACUUCCUCCUGCCGUUCCUGGGAGUAAGCUUCGCACUCUUCGCGCACAACAAGUACCCUGCGCGCGUGUUCGUCGGAGACACGUACUGCUACUUCGCAGGCAUGGUUUUUGUCGUCGUCAGCGUCCUGGGCCACUUCAGCAAGACCCUCAUGCUGCUGCUGAUCCCGCAGAUCGGCAACUUCCUGUACUCGGCGCCCCAACUGUUCCACAUCAUCCCCUGCCCGCGCCACCGGCUGCCCAGGUUCAACUCAAGGACGGGGCUGCUCGAGCCCUCGGUCACGCCCUGGACCCCGGAGAAGCAGCCAAGGAGGUAUGUCGGCGUGGCCAUCCGCCUGCUGGAGCAGCUGCGCCUGAUCAAGGUCGUCACGCAGGCCGACAAGGAGACGGGCGAGGAGCGCUUCAUGGAGACGAGCAACCUGACCAUCCUGAACCUGUGGCUGGUCUGGCGCGGCCCACUGCGCGAGGACCGCCUCGCCUGGGAGCUCACGGCCUUCCAGGUCGCCUGCGGCCUGUUCGGCCUCUUCGUCCGCCACAAGCUCGCUCUGCUAGUCUUUAAGGAGGACAACUGGGGUGUGGCCGUUUGA